CGGGAAAAAAGAAGGGUCGCGAACUCUGACCUGCCCAAAGCGAACCGAAUUUGGAAUAUUUAGCUAAAAAACACGGGAUUGUUUUGUCACAGAUUCUGCACGGACACGGUGUGUGUGCAUGUCUGUAAGUGUGUCCUCGUGUCAAAUGGGGAGUUCCGUUUAGCCAAAGUGGUGUGGGGUCAUUACCAUGGCAGGAGAAAGUCCCAAAAUUCAGCUGGUGUCAGCCGACGGAAGCCUACAGAUUGUGACGGAUCAACAGCUGGGCCAGAAGCUCCAGAUAGUAACAGCGUACGAUCACACGGGGGCCGGAAAGCCGCAGUUCAUUUUAGCCAAUGUGGAUUAUCCCAACCAGGACAGAGUUCUCCUAAAGCAGGAGCCUUCACCAGGAAAGGUGAUUCUCACUUCAUCUGAUGGGUCAGCUGUCAACCAACUGCUGUUUGCCUCACCUGAGCUGACAGGGCAGCAGAUCCAGUUUGUCACAGAGGGAACAGAACAAAGCACUUUUAAACCAGUUGUAGACUACUGUGUAGUGUGUGGAGACAAGGCUUCUGGUCGUCACUAUGGGGCUGUGAGCUGUGAGGGCUGCAAAGGCUUCUUCAAGCGCAGCAUCCGCAAGAACCUAGUGUACACAUGCCGCGGCACGGGGGAGUGUGUGAUUAAUAAACAUCACCGCAACCGCUGCCAAUACUGCAGACUGCAGCGGUGCAUGGCCCUCGGCAUGAAACAAGACUCUGUGCAGUGCGAAAGGAAGCCAGUGGAGGUGUCGAGGGAGAAGCCGGCCAACUGUGCCCCCUCCAUCGAGAAGAUCUACAUCCGCAAGAACCUCUGUAGCCCCCUUGCCGCCAUGCCCACCUUUGUCAGCAAUAAAGAGACACAGCGGUCAACCAGUCUGUUGAAUUCCAACAUGCUUCUGAACAUCCAGCAGUCUCUCUCGAAAUUAGACAACACACUCCUCAUUCCCUCCUCACCAGACCAGGACGAUGCUUCUCAGGGUGAUCUAAGCACACUGGCCAACGUGGUUUCAUCUCUGGCCCACAUCAACAGAACCCGUGAGAUGAUGGACAGCAGCAUUGACCAGUCAGGACUAGACAGCAUGAGCAAUGAGGGGGGCUCCAUGUCUGAGCUCCAACAAGACGAGCAGAAUUCCAGCGAAAUCACUCAGGCCUACGACUCGUUGACCAAGGUUCUGCACCCCGAGGAUGGCACUGGAGAUGCUGUAGAGGGGAGUGUUUCUGAGGAACAGAGCAGCACCCUGCUGGAGCUAGAAGGACCAUUGCUGUCUGACAUGCAUGUGCCUUUUAAGUUAAUGAUGCCCUUGCCGGUACCGGAGUUUCUAAACCUGAACUACAUCUGUGAGUCGGCCUCUCGCCUUCUGUUCCUCUCCAUGCACUGGGCGCGCUCCAUCCCCGCCUUCCAGGCCCUCGGGUCGGAGAAUGGGAUCACUUUGAUUAAAGCGUGCUGGAACGAGCUGUUUGCGUUGGGCCUGGCUCAGUGUGCACAGGUCAUGAACGUGGAGACCGUCCUCAACGCCAUCAUUAGCCACCUGCAGAGCAGCCUGGAGGAAGAGAAACUCUCUGCAGAGCGAGUGAAGCAGGUGAUGGAGCACAUCUGGAGAAUGCAGGAGUUCUGUAACAGCAUGAAUCGUGUAAGCCCCGAUGCCUACGAGUAUGCCUACCUCAAAGCUACAGUCCUCUUCAGCCCAGAUUAUGCUGGAGUGGACAGUUCUCUUCAGAUCGGCCGCUUCCAGGAGAAAGCUUACAUGGAACUGCAGGACUACGUCAGCAGGGUUUAUCCAGAAGACACAUAUCGUCUGUCGAAGCUCUUGCUGCGUUUGCCCGCUCUGCGCCUGAUGAGCGCCGCUCUGACCGAGGAGCUGUUCUUCGCCGGCCUGAUCGGUAGCGUUCAAAUCGACAGCAUCAUUCCCUACAUCCUUAAAAUGGACUCGACCGAUUACAACUGUCAGUCACCCAGCAACACAGAGUGACUUUAGCCCCGCCCUUAAACACUCUCGUCGGCCUCAGGGCGUCAGUACUUAUAGCAUCAUGACCUCACUGCCCUAAAAGUGACCUUUGGACUACGGUGUACAGAUGAAGCCGCUCAUGGGACUGAAUAAUCAUGGCUGAUGAAGAUUUAUGUAUCGUAAGCUGGUGCGUUUGAGGUUUGUAAGGAUGCAGUUGCACUUUGUAUUAAAUGAUGAAUGAUGUGUUCCCCAGCGUGCUCUUGGUUCGGACAGAUUCAGAUUAGGCAUGUGUCUGUAACUGUACGACGUGUGAACAGACGUCUGUGAUGGUGUGUCUGAUGGCUUUAAUGCUGUGUGUAAAUGAAUAAUGUAUAUAAAUAAUAAAUGUGACUCUUACAAA